AUGUAUGGGAUUUACGGGCUCUUCUUCGCCGCGGUUGCUCUGUAUAGCGUGGCACUUGUUAUCUAUCGCCUGUACCUGCACCCAUUAUCUCGAUUCCCCGGGCCCAAGAUUGCUGCUGCGACCGGAUGGUAUGAGUUCUACCACGAAGUCAUCAGAGGUGGAAUGUACAUCCAUGAGAUUCAGAGAAUGCACAGAGAAUACGGCCCUAUCAUCCGCAUCAAUCCCUAUGAAAUUGUCAUCAAUGACCCGGACUACUAUACCACCGUCUAUGUCGCCUCCAACACCCGCCGCUCAGAAAAGUGGUACACCCUUCAAGGGACAGGGCUUGAGGGCAAGGCAUUAUCCUUCUUCUCUCACUUUAGAACUUGUCGUACGAGAAUGCAUAUGACUGACCAAAUCGUAGGCGCCAUGGGUAUGACCAUGGGACACGAGUUGCAUCGCCGUCGCCGCAAGCACUUCGACCCAUUCUUCUCGCGCCUGGGCGUCACGCAGAUCGAGGGCGUGAUUCUGGAUGAAAUCCAACUACUCACCGAUCGACUCGAGGGUAACCGGAAGUCAGGCCGGACCAUCCAGAUGGAACAUGUGAUGGCUGCGUUCACCGGUGACAUUGUGACAAAGAUCUGCUCGGAGAAGUCCCCCGACAUGAUCCGGCACCCGGAUUUCGGCAAGGAAUGGUAUGUCACGAUCCACACCUACCAGCUACAGGUGCACCUUUUCGUCCAGUUUCCUUAUUUGAUCUCCCUCACGCAACUCAUCCCGCGGGGACUCGUGAUGCACUUUUCUCCGGGAGCCGCGGCGUUCAAGAGCCUGCAUCAGUACGCCUUCGACCACAUCACCGAAGCCAAAAAGGACAUGGGUCGUGCCGUCAAGGUGCAGCAGGAGGCCGGCCGCAGCUCCGUCUUCCGCCAUGUGCUCUCCAGCGACAUGCCCGGGACGGAGCGCGAGACCGAACGGCUGGCGCGCGAGGCCUUGCAGCUGUUCGGCGCGGGCACAGCCACGUUGGUCCGCGCCUUCAGCAUGAUCUUCUACCAUGUCCUGUCCGACCCGCAGAUGCGCGGACAGCUCCGGGAGGAGCUGAAGGACAUCAUGGCCGGGUAUCCCGCGAAGCGACCCACUUGGCAGGAACUGGAGCGGUUGCCGUACUUGCACGGGAUUGUCAAAGAGGGGUUGCGACUAAGCUAUGGGGUCAUGCGUCACCUCGCCCGCGUCUCGCCCGAUCAACCUCUGCAGUUCAGGGAGUGGACGAUCCCCGCCGGCACUCCCGUCGGCAUGUCCUCGCACAGCCUCCACUCCGACCCAGAGACAUUCCCCGAGCCGGCCAGGUUCCUCCCCGAGCGGUGGAUGAAGGACAGACAUCACCCCAACAUGAACCGGAAUUGGGUUCCCUUCGCCCGCGGUUCGAGGAUGUGCAUUGGCAUGAAUCUUGCCUUGGCUGAGAUGUACUGGGUGCUGGCGGUUUUGUUUCGCCCGGGGGCGCCGCAGCUGGAGCUGUUCGAGACUACCGAGGCGGAUGUGGUUCCCGUGCGGGACUACGUGGGAGGGAUUCCGGAGUUCGGGACUAAGGGGGUGAGGGUGAGAGUGGUGUAG